GCAAAAAGUCAUCGAGAGAAUGAAUGUUGCACUCAAUCACACGGAACUUUUGGGCAAUUCGAUCGAUAAAUAGGAAUCAAAAUGCUCUUCCAAGCCUUAUAGCUCACUCUACUCUGCUGAAUCUCCCCUGAGGAGUUGCCCCGGUUUGAGAAUCGAUUUCAAUGCUUUAAGGGGUCAAGAGGUCAACACGCAAGGGCAAUUCUCAUUGCACUCUUAAAAUGGUUUCCAAGAAGCAAACAAGGCUGAAGAGCCUUUCAAGUGGCCGCCCGCCAACUGUCAAGUCCUCACGGUCAAUGUCUAGGAAAGCCAGCAGGAGUCUCAUCAACACUCAUCACCAACUGGAGAAACAACGCCGGCGAGCUGCAGCCAAGGGCGACACGGUCACCGAAACUCGCCUUGCCUCGGAGAUUGCCAAGCUGGGUGGUCUUGACCACUAUCAGAAGGCCAGUCUGCAAGGUCAGAGUCUCGACAGAGGAGGUGACACGUCAAGAGUGCUUCUGGAAUGGCUCCCUGUGGCAGAGCUCAAGAAGCGUGCUCAGCCGUUUCAUAUGCUGGAGGUUGGGGCAUUGAGUACUCGUAACGCAUGCUCAACAAGCGGUAUCUUUACUAUGAAGCAUAUCGAUCUCAACAGCCAGGAGCCAGGCAUCACAAAGCAAGAUUUUAUGGAGCGCCCCUUGCCCAAGGACGAUUCUGAGGUGUUCGAUAUCAUCUCUCUGAGUCUAGUGCUCAACUUCGUGCCCGAGGCCGAGGGGCGUGGACAGAUGCUUCUUCGGACUCUCUCCUUUCUUCGACCUGCAGCUGAACCUGCAACUGGUUCUGACGAACCCUUUCCCUGCCUUUUUGUGGUUCUACCUCGCAGCUGUGUUGACAACUCACGAUAUUUUACAGAAACUCGCUUCGAGGAGUUGAUGACGAUUCUCGGCUAUGUAUGCACCAAGUUCAAGAUGACUCAGAAAUUGGCAUAUACUCUGUGGAAGAGGAUCGGGACCGUCUCCGAAAAGCGGUCGGAUUUUACCAAGAAGGAAGUCAAUCCAGGACGGACACGGAACAAUUUUGUCAUGACGCUCAAAGCUUCGACGAGUCAUCCAAACUGAAACGAUGAGGGGAGACACGACAACGCGUGGGGCCUCGACGAGCUGCAUAUGCGGAACUGCCCAACAAACUAUCAGCACGGCAAAACAUAUGGAGUUUUGAGCACGCGACAAUAAGCUGGCAUGGUACGAAUGUUUACUCUCGAUAAGAGGAUCCUAUCUACACAGUUCUUGGAGAGCGCAUACUGUGCUGUAUCGUCUGGAUCGACUAUCUGCAACUUGCUACGUCGCACGACUGAUAAGGUGCAUGGUGACACUUAUGCAGCUUGGGUACACCAGAUCACCAGUAGACAGGAUCAGCUGGACGGUGGUCUCAGUUUUUGAGGGGACUAGAAUUCCCUAGCGAGCUACUACUCUUGCAUCUCCGCACAAAGGUCCCACACUAUUCGACGAUUAUCAUUUCCCCACACCCUGAACGACCUUUUCCUGCAGCCGUCUAUCAUACUCCCAAAGAAGCGACCUCUGAGUGCUUGAACUCGGUAAUGGCGAGCUUGGACAGAGGUUCGUCUGGCGGCAAGGGCGCAUUACCGGGACGAACAACGGGCAAACUGCGCAUACCAGCCCCGACAGCAGCCUUGACCUCGUUGAUAUUGUCGCUCAGGAAAAGCCAUCGGUUGACGUCCUUGUGCUCCGGGUGCUCAGAAAUGAUCUUCGUGUAGCUAUCAACCUCGGUUUUGGGCCCCGCAUUAGUGGUAUCAAAGUAGUCGGCGAUAAGAGGCGUCAUAUCUGAUUUCCCGGAGUUGGUAUGUGAAAAGAGCAACUUCUGCGCAGGGACUGAGCCGGACGAGUAGAUGAUGAUCUUCUUUCCAGCUUGGGUGGCCUCGUUGAAGAAGGGCUCAACAUCUGGGAAGAGGGGCGCCACGAUGUUACCCGACUUGUAGCCUUGCAACCACAGGUAACCCUGGAGCGACUUGAGGUAGGCAAUCUUGACAUCACGCUUCACGAGGUCGCGGACGUGCGCUUCAAAGUCAGAGCGCGAGUUGCAAUACUCCUCGGGGAAGGCAUUGCGGUACUUUGCGAACUCUGGGCUAUCCCACUCUUGAUCCAACACCUUGGGAAGUGCCUCGAGUGCAUACGGAAACUAGUGACAACAAACAGACCUUGGUCAGCAGGCCGCAGUGUUGUCGACAUCGUGCAUGCUAUCACGAAACGGGCAAAGUCGGUGAAGAGUGCGAAGGGGCUGGGAAAGAAGUGCUCGGCUUGGAAUUUUCAGCUGCACGCGCCCGAGACUUGCGUAACUUGGCAGACCUUGGUUCGGCAGCAUGGACACCCGGGAACUGGGUACAAAGGCCGGCAGCUGGACGGAGGACGUCCGGAAGAGGAGGCUGGGACGAACUUUGGUGGGAUCCAUACGGAGGUCCGGGCCCGGAGGCGGUAAGGGGAACGGACGGAGGUAGUACAUGGGUAAGGGAAGUAAAAUCGGAACGGUUGCGAAGUGAGACAAGCAAGAAAACGGGACGACUCACGAGAACGUCCUUGACAAAGGAGAUGGGACAAACGGUUCCUUCUGUAAUAUGUGUUAUUAUGGCUAUUCUGAGUGUAUGAUAUCCAAGCAAAGCGCGAGUGUAUAGUAAGGUACAAAACAUAUGCCAAUACAGAGAAUGACAACUCAGUCCAAAGCAGUCCUUGCAGUCAACAAAACACGCAGUCGCCAACAGCAACUGUGGAGCCAGUUUAAUCUUACCGAUGUCAAACACUAGGACGUCAAAUUCAUUGAGGUUGAGCGUCAUUGUGAAAAGGAGUUAAUUUUCGUGAGAAAGCGGUCAAGCCUGAAUAUUGACACGUCCAAUAUGAGAGAUGAAACGGAUGAAUUAGACCGAAAGUAAGAAAGAAAGAUGACAAGAAAAUUCUGUCAGACACCAAUUCCGAUUCGGGAUCCCUGCUACGAUCUUGAAAGGUAGGGAGGGAAGAGAGCGUGAAAAAACUAAUAUCGGCGGUGGCAGCAGAAGGUCCUUGUUCCUGGAUUCAAGAGCGGGCCGCUAUCUAGCUUGGCGCCUUUUGGUGAGGUGAUUUCCUUGGAGGUUCGAGAUCCUUGAAGAGGUAUCCGUGUUAAGCUUGAUGCAGCCGGGAACGUGGGUUGAUGAGAUGCAAUAGUAGAUCGAAUCUAAUGCGAAUGGAGGGUUGGUUUGCAGCCAUGUGAGCAUUAGAGGAAAGGCGGUCAAGAGGUGAGGUUGGUUGGAUUAAGGUGAACCGACCAAUAGCGUAUUAGUAUUUCUUGACUGCAGGGUAAGGAGGACAGCGAAGAGGACUGCUGUGAAGGAACUGGAUAGAAGGACUUGGCUGUGUUACAGGGGUCGGCGGCCAGAUCCGAGUGAAUUGGAUAGGCUCUGAGAAUUCCGAUGGACCUCUAGUUAGAAACCAGUUCACGAAAAUGACAACUGGCAGUUCAUCUGUCACAAGUCGUGAACUAGAUCUUUUCGCAUCCAAGGUCUGCUCAGCAUCGUACACGCCUAACCCGGCUGUCGCCAAACCCCGUGUCACUACAGGCUGUAGUCCCGAGGCAAAGCAACCCAAGCUGCAGCUCG